AUGGUCUACAACACGCUUGGGCUUUUCGCCGGUAUCUCCGGCGCAGUGGGCGUUGGUCUUGGUGCCAUCGGUGCCCACGCCAUGAAGGGCAAGCUCACCACAUAUCAGAUGGGCGCCUGGACCACAGCUACCCAGUACCAGCUCAUGCACAGCUUGGCGCUCCUCUACACGCUCAGCCUUCCCAAGACAGGCCCUGUGGUUGCAGCCAGCUACGCCUUUGCUACGGGCAUUACCUUCUUCAGCGGCUCCAUCUACGGUCUCUGCCUGACCAAGCCUGAGAACCCGAUCCGCAAAGUGCUCGGUCCCAUCACGCCCCUCGGUGGACUCUCGAUGAUUGCCGGCUGGCUGUUCCUUGCUUACGCUAAGCGCCCGCGCUCGCUCCGUUGA